AUGGACGGGAAGAGGCAUCUCAACUCGUUCCAGCAGCUGGAGAAGCUGGGUGAGGGUACCUAUGCGACAGUCUUCAAGGGACGGAAUCGGCACACGGGCGAGCUCGUCGCCCUCAAGGAGAUCCACCUAGACUCAGAGGAGGGCACGCCGUCGACGGCGAUCCGCGAGAUCUCACUUAUGAAGGAGCUCAAACACGAAAACAUCGUCGCGCUUCACGAUGUCAUCCACACCGAGAACAAGCUCAUGCUCGUCUUUGAGUACAUGGACGGCGAUCUCAAGAAGUACAUGGAUACCCAAGGCGACAGGGGCGCGCUGAAGCCGAUGCUCAUCAAGUCGUUCAUGUACCAACUGCUCAAGGGCAUCGACUUCUGCCACCAGAAUAGGGUUCUCCACCGCGACCUCAAGCCUCAGAACCUGCUCAUCAACAGCAAAGGCCAGCUGAAGCUGGGCGACUUCGGCCUGGCACGCGCCUUUGGCAUCCCCGUCAACACCUUUUCCAACGAGGUCGUCACGUUGUGGUAUAGGGCCCCCGAUGUCCUGCUCGGCAGCCGGACGUACAACACGAGCAUCGACAUCUGGUCCGCGGGCUGCAUCAUGGCGGAGAUGUACACGGGCCGGCCGCUCUUCCCCGGCACGACCAACGAGGACCAGAUCAUUAGGAUAUUCCGCAUCAUGGGCACGCCGACGGAGCGGACCUGGCCCGGCAUCACGCAGUUCCCCGAGUACAAGCCGACCUUCCAGAUGUACGCGACGCAGGACCUGCGCCAGAUCCUGCCGCAGAUCGACCCCUCGGGCAUCGACCUGCUGCAGCGGAUGCUGCAGCUGCGGCCGGAGCUGCGGAUCAGCGCGCACGAGGCGCUGCAGCACCCGUGGUUCAACGACCUGAUCCUGCAGCACCACCAACAGCAGCAGCAGCAGCACGGCCAGCACGGCGUGGCGAAUGCGUCGAGAGGCUACACGCAGGCGGUGCCGUCGCAGGCAUCUUAUGAUAAUUACUAA